GUGUUCUGUAGUGAGGGGCUACUGGGAGAGAUGAUUGAGGUGUUGGGACUAGUAUGUAAUGAAUGUUAGUAACUACUAGAAAAGCAACUAAAUAAUACUAGCAGCACUUAACGAGCCUGUAACCUGGAUCAGACAGUCGUCCCUGAGGGCGUGCACGAGGAGUGAGUCAGUGUGAGUCUCAGAGAGAGCUUCACCGAGACACAGGUGCUCCAGUUCCACCUGAGGAGCACAACAUGAGGAUUUAUCCCGCUCUUUACCUGCUCGGAUACAAUGCUGCCGUGGCGUAACGCUGCUGAGGUCUCCUGAAGAGUCGCACACUUCUCCCUGAGUCUCUGGGAAUAUCGGGCGAAGAUGAAAGUGACAGUGUGUUUUGGAAGGACGCGGGUGGUCGUUCCCUGUGGGGAUGGGAAUAUCAAAAUACACAGUCUUAUUCAGCAAGCGACAAUGAGAUAUAAAAAAGCCAUAGCCAAGGACCCAGGAUACUGGAUUCAGGUGAAUCGGUUAGAGCACGGAGAUGGAGGCAUUUUGGACCUGGAUGACGUGCUGUGUGAUGUGGCUGAUGACAAAGACAGGCUGGUGGCGGUGUAUGAGGAGCAGGACCCUCAUCAUGGUGGAGACGGCACCAGCGCCAGCUCCACAGGCACCCAGAGUCCAGAGCUCUUCAGCACGGGGGAGAUCAACUCCAGCAACCUGUCAGCCUUCCAGCCCUACCAGACCAGCAGUGAGAUCGAGGUCACCCCAUCGGCCCUCAGGACCAACAUGCCUUUGCAUGUGCGCCGCAGCAGUGAUCCAGCUCUGGCUGGCCUGCCCGAAAUCCAGCUGCAGCCAGAGGAACCGUCUCGCAAGAACCCCACACGAUGGUCCAGCGCAGCAGGCUUUCAACGACAAGCCAACAACACCAGCCAAACCAACAGCCUAGAGAGAAAGGGUAAGGGUCUGGAAGUGUAUCGCAGCUUGCCUCGUGAUGUUGUCCCCUGGGCCACCCAGUUUCAGAGAGAAAACGCUCGCUCUUCCCUCAGUGCCAACCAUCCUAUGGUAGACCAAUGGCUUGAGCGUCAAGAGCAGGAAGAAGAAGAAGAAGACGACGAGGAGAGAGCAGGCAACGGGAGGAACGGCAGGAUAGAGCCGGUGGGACGGGCAGAUUCAUGUGUGGAGUCAGCUUCACUCGAUGAAAUGUUGAAGCCGGUUGAGGUGUCCAAUGUGGGUGGGCCGCUAGGAAUCCACGUGGUGCCUUUCAGUGCCAGAGACAGAAGGACGCUGGGCUUGUUAGUGAAGAGGCUGGAGAGGGGCGGGAAGGCGGAGCAGGAGGCUCUGUUCCAGGAGAACGACUGUAUCGUCCGGAUUAAUAACGCAGACCUGCGCAACAUCCGAUUCGAACAGGCCCAGAAUUUGUUCAGACAGGCUAUGCGUACUCCACUCAUCCUGUUCCAUGUGGUUCCAGCGGUGAAGAAAGCCCAAUACGAGCUGCUGUCUCAGAAUGAACUGGGUCUUCAGGCUGCUCCGGGCCCCGGGGACAGGGCCAGUGUGGUGGGAGGAGGUGUGGACUACGGCCCGCGGAGAAUAUCCAAAGCCGAAUUCACCCUGGGCUAUCCCGCGUUACCACACAUAGCAAACUCAUCAAACAGGACCCACAUCCAGUCCUCCAGACCCACCAGUGCCGCCUCCUCUGUGGGCUACUCGAAAAAGAUCGGCCGCAAGUUCAGCGUCCAGCUGAGGAAAGGUCCAGAGGGGUUGGGUUUCAGCAUCACCUCCAGAGACGUCCCGAUUGGCGCUUCCGCCCCCAUAUAUGUGAAGAACAUCCUCCCGCGUGGAGCCGCCAUCCAGGACGGCCGUCUGAAGGCCGGAGACCGGCUGCUCGAGGUUAACGGAGUGGAUCUGAAUGGUAAGACUCAGGAGGAGGUUGUGGCUCUGUUGCGCUCGACUCCCAUGGGAGGCACUGUAGGUCUUCUCAUCGUCAGACAAGAAGACACUUUCCUGCCCCGCGAAGUGAAAGAACAAGACGACUUAAUUUUGACCCCGGAUGGAACGCGGGAGUUUAUGACGUUUGAAAUCCCUCUCAACGACUCUGGUUCGGCCGGUUUAGGGGUCAGCGUCAAGGGCAAUAGAUCGAAAGAGAGCCACGCUGACCUGGGCAUUUUCGUCAAGUCUAUAAUCACUGGAGGAGCCGCCUGCAAGGACGGGCGGCUGAGGAUCAAUGACCAGCUGAUAGCGGUUAAUGGAGAGUCUCUGCUGGAGAAAAGCAACCAGGAAGCGAUGGAGGCCCUCCGCACGUCCAUGUCCAUCGAGGGCAACAAGAGAGGCAUGAUUCAGCUGAUCGUGGCCCGGCGGCUCGCAGGGAGAGGAGAGGAGGCUCCAGGUAGCCCGCCUGUGCGUCUGAGCACUCCACAAGACGAACAUGAGCGACGGAUCUCUCAGACGCUGUAUCCCGGAGAGAGCCUGGAUGACAACCACACCCCACGACCCACCAUGAUGGGUAGAAUGAUGGGUCACUACCAGCUGUCCCCCACCGUGAAUAUGCCCCAGGACGACACCGUCAUCAUUGAAGAUGAUAGGCCACCUGUUCUUCCUGCCCGCUUGUCUGACCAGUCAUCAUCCAGCUCCCACGAUGACAUGGGAUUUGUGACCGAAAUGCCAGGAUCUUGGCCCAAAGACAUCCAGAUACAGGACGAAAGCACACUCAGUCCAGACGCAGAUAUGGAUGGCCUGUUUCAGAGGGAAGGCUUCGGCCGGCAGAGCAUGUCAGAAAAGCGGACCAAACAGUACAGCGAUGCUGCUCAACUGGAGAUCGUCAAGAGUCGCAAGACUAAGAGUAUGGACCUAGUAGCCGGCGAGUUUAACCUCACUCCCCGCACAGAGAGGACCGAAGGCAAUUCCACUCGAGAUGUGGGACCGUCGUUGGGUUUGAAGAAGUCGAGUUCCUUGGAGAGCCUCCAGACAGCUGUUGCCGAAGCGUCGCUCAACGGAGACGUCUCGUUCCACAGGCCACACCCCAUAAGCAUCAGGGGGCGGGGCUGCAAUGAGAGCUUUCGGGCGGCCAUUGACAAGUCUUACGACAAGCCAACUAUGACCAUAGUCAACCCCGAUGAAGAUGAUGAGGGGAUGGAGACGUUGGAAGAAGAUACAGAGGAGAGCUCACGAUCAGGCCGCGACUCCUUCUCCACCGCCGCGGACCUCACCCUCCCACCCUCCAACACAGAGAAACAGCUGAACGGAGGACGCAGCAGAGAGGACAAGAAGAAGGAGUGGGGAGGGAAGGACAAGAAAGACAAGAACAAAGCCAAGAAAGGCGUGCUGAAGGGCCUGGGCGACAUGUUCAGGUUCAGCAAAAACCGCAAAGACGAGAGGCAAGGGGACAAGAUGGAGCGGAAGGGGUCCAGCAAGAGUAAGAUGAAGGAAGCUCAGGCCACCGAGGAGGAGAUGCAGAGAAUGAGGCUGGAGCAGGAGAGAAUUCAAGCGAAGACCAGGGAGCUCCGAGAGCGACAGGCCAGAGAGCGAGACUACGCUGAGAUCCAGGACAUCAGCCACACCUUCAGCUCCGACGAGGAGCACACCUACGCCGGGAUCGGCUCUCUGGACUCGUCCUUGGACAGCAGUAUGGACCUGAGCCAUAACCCCGGUCCAGAGCGUCUGCAGAGCCCUCGAGACCAGGCCCUGCCCUUAGAGGCUCUCUACGCACAGGUCAACAAGCCCCGCAACGGACGCCCACCAUCUUCAGACGACAACCGACUGGCACCCAGCAACCAUGACCGGAUACAUCGUCUGCGACAAGAGUUCCAGCAGGCCAAGCAGGAGGAGGAACCUGAUGACCGCCGCCGAUCCUACAGCUUUCAACAACAACAGAGGACCAACACUGGUUCUUAUACACCGACGGGGCGACACUCGGUUUCUGUGGAGGACCAAAUGCAGAAACAGAGAGAGGACAAGGACUCUUUCACACAAGCCCAGAGGCAAUACAACUCCUUACCGCGACAACCUCGUAAAAACCCUAGCACCGUGUCUCAAGACUCUUGGGAUAAAGUCUAUCCUCCCGGCGAGGUCUUUCAGUCCACCAAAGAGAACCCGCGCUAUUCCAGCUACCAGGGAUCCCGCACUACCAACGGUUACCUGGGUGCCGCCACUGCCACGGGCCUGAAUGCUCGCGUCCUCCUGGAGACCCAAGAGCUCCUGAGACAGGAACAGAGACGAAAGGAGCAAGAGGCAAAAUCCAAGCUACCUACUAUGGAGGAGACACCAACCUCAAUCCAAACCCCACCCAAAGGCCCAUACCGACAGGACGUGCCACCCUCGCCCACCCAACUCGCCCGGCUCAACCGUCUACAGACCCCUGAGAAGGGCCGUCCCUUCUACUCCUGAGACCAGAGAUCAAAAUUGUAGGAAAAACUGUAUGACAGCAAUAAUAUUGAAUGGAGAGAGACAGGGCAGUAACAUGGAGACUGCAUGGAGGAUUGGUUUUGGAGGUUUUUCUGAGGGUUGCCAAGUUGUUGUUUUUGUCCUCUAGUAUGAAAUCUUUGUACACACUGAAGAUCUUUGUCAACUAUCCAUCUCCCAUUCUUACUUUUGACAAAUGUUUAUGUGUUUGCUUAAUUCAUUGACGUUAUGGCACUAGGUACUCUUGACAAUCACAUGACAGUCGCCCGAGGCUUUGAUACAUGGUUGUUUCCACCAUAUUGUGACCUAGAUAUCAUGUUUUUGUCAAGUGUGCUGAGAAAAAACAAGUAGUUGGGGUAAUUUCACUACACUUGUCAGAAAUAUUUCUAGGUCAUAUUUCACCAUGAAAUCAAAAGAAAAAAAAAGCAAUAUUUAGUUAUAAGAUGAAGCUAGUUUCUAGUUUCUAGUUUCUAAAUUAGUUUUUUUUUUUCUUUUUUAUUAUAACAUUUCCAUACCUAUAGCCCUGCUCAUGACAUUUUUUUAAUAUGUACUGUAGAAACAAGUUAAGAAUCUGUUCCCAUAUUUUACAAUUUAGAUAUAUCCACAUUAUUUUCUCUGAGAAUGAGAUUUUUGAUGCGUUAGGCUAGUGAGAGUUUUGCGGGUGUAGGUGUACAGUACGUGUUCAGGGCGAGUGUGUUUUUGUGCCCAUGUACUCCAGCAGUGUAGCCUCCCAUCUCCACCCACUUCCUAAUUGAUUCGUCUGCUUUUUCCUUGAGUUAGUGGCCUCUGUUCCUCCACUACUAAGAUGGUAAAUGUAAAAUACUGUAAAUGUACAGAAAUUCAGUAAUUAGGAAUUUGUUGUAACUUGUUUAAACUACUUCCAGAAGAGCAAAGGAUUCGGUUUGGUGCUACAGUACCUAACAGAAAAUAGAACAGUUUUUUAAGUCAACAUGAAGCAAUGUUAUUCAAUAGCUAUGAUUUCAUCCACCUAUUUUGUAAAAUCAAUAAAAAAGAAACUCUGCAUGUAAACACCAAGAUAAAUUGUAAAAAUGUGCAUAAUAAGGGUAUAAUGUCUUUAUUAUAUAAGAGUCUAUGCUCAUAGACUAAGAUGGAAAUACAUUUAACAAAUACAUUCUGAAGCACACUUCAAAAAAAACUCAUGAGGCUUUGCCUCAACAGUGCAUGUGAUUGCAGAACUGAACUAACCUGCACACCGUUCUCAUCACAUACCAUCUCUAAUGUUGUUUUAGUCAUUCUGAAAAGCCUGAACCAAACUCUGCCAUCAAUAUUAUUUGGAACAAUGAAACAUCAAUAUUAUUUGGAAUAAUGAAAGUGCCUCACAUGACUGCGUUCUAAAACAUCAGGUAUCCCUACGCAAGAUAGCAUCGAGACGUUUGUUAUCGCAAUUCGUCUGCAUGCUCUGAGACGCAAGUAAUUUAUGAUGUAUGUUUCCCUGGUUGCAGCAACUUUCAUUGAUGAAAGCAGUGUUUUAUUUGCGAAUGUUUUAUGCAAUAUUCUAAUUUUGCGCAUAAGAAAAUUUGGCGAAUUUGGAUGGAAACAUAGCUAAUGAGAUCAAACAUAAUUUUCUUUCAUCAGGAAAUUGUGUGAUUGUAAAAAAAAAAUAUAUAUUAUAUGACAAGUGGUAGGAGGGGAGGGGCUUAAAAAAGAGGGAUUGAUGAUGUCAUCUAAAAUGGAAAAUCAUUUUAAAAGUGGAGCAUGUGUUUACAUUUUAAUGAAAGACGAUGUUGAUAGAAAGAUGGGGCAGUUGUGGCUUAAUGGUUAGAGAGUUGAAGUUGUAACCUGAAGGUUGCAGGUUCGAGUCUCGGUGCUGGCAGGAGUUGUAGGUGGAGGGGAGUGAAUGAACAGCGCUCUCUUCCACGCUCAACACCCAUGUUCCUAUCAAGGCAGUGUGCUUGUGUGUUACUGUUAUUCCCAGUGGGUGUGACUCUGACCUUUGCCUUCACACAAACUAUCUUUGGUUUCAAAGAUUCAGGCAGAGACUAGUUUUGUUCAACACUUUAGUUUUUAAUUUUAAUCGCACAUGUUCCACUAUAACAAAGUUCAGGUUACAGUUCAAGCCGCAGUAGCCUCGGAUAAAAUCCAUAACCUGUUUAAAGAAGCAGAUCACCUAGUAAUGAAUAUCUUAUCUUUCCCAUUUCGUACCAAACCUGUUUGCCUUACUUUCUGUAGAACACAAAGUGUAGUCCAUGCUUUUCUCUCAAAAGACAUGUCAAGUUGUCCAUUUGACUUCUAUGAUAAAACUUGACUAUGUACUAUUUUUUUUUUCAGCUUGCCAGUUUGUUUCAGUUAUAUAAAAAAAGAAAGUCCAUUCUUCAAAUCAUCAUCAUGAAUGAGAAAAGUAUUUUUUUCCAUGACUGUCCCUUUAAAUCCAGCUGCUUUUUAACCAUUCAUUCAAAAAUCCAAACCACUCUAACAAACGUCAUGUGACUUGAUGUGUGCUGUAUGUUUCUUGAUAUGUGUCCGUGUGUGUGGGUUUUGCGUGGGAUUGUGUAUCACCAGUGCCUGUAACAGGACUCUCUCUUGUCUAUGAACUGUAUCUUGGCAGACACAUGAAACACUUGGCCACAUUUUUCAGAGCUAAAGCUAAAAGAGCUCAAUAAGCUUACACAAAAGGGAAAGCCAGGCCCAUCGACCGAUGUAGUUUCCUCCAAGUCUCUUCCUGGCGUCUCGCUUUGUCUCGGAUCCAUUCAUUGUGGAAAACGUUCAGUAUAUCUGCUUUAUUCUUCUCGGACUUUGGUACUUCCUCCAAAAAUAGUUCGGGGUUGUGUGGUACAGCAUGAUGUGCUUCUGAUAUUUCCAGAACAGCAGCGUUUUGCAUAUUAUUUUAUUUAACUUUUUUUUUUUUUUUGGGUGCUGGCUGCUUAUCUACUAUUUUAUAUCACAUUGUAUACACGAGACACUUUUGUUGGGAAGUGCCUGUGAAGAGGGAUUGUGUUUGUCAGUUCAAAGUUUAACAUGUCGCCAAAUGCACAUAUUUUCAAUAUGAAAUUAUUGUAUUCCUUAGGCUUAGGAUUGCAUUUGUUUUAAUCGUUAAAAGAAUGCAAAGACUAAUCUCCACAAUUUAAUGUAUUUGUAUGACAUUUUGUCAUCUGUGUACGUCGUAGGUACUAUGGACUUUGAUUCCUGUAUACACAGUGAAAAUGGUUUUUACACAAAGUUUUUACCUGAUGUGUCAAAAUAUAAAGCUUCUCUGUACAUAUCAAAUCUAUAUUCAAUAAAAAGUUUCUCCAUUCUGUUUACAGUAAA